CUGGUUUACUGUUCGAGUUUCUCUCUGCAGGAAUCAGUAUAUAUGUUUUGAAAAAUUCAAGCAAGUAACUGUAGAUGUUCACAAAGUUUCCAGGAACACGCAAGUUUGAGGACUAAUAUAGACAAGAACUGAGACUACUAUAGCACACUGUAACACAUAUGCAUUAUAUAGUAGUUUCAGGGGGAAAGUUGUGUAAACAUGGCUACAGAGAGAAUACAAAGUGUGUCAAUGGGAAAGACUCCAUCUAGCGAUUUCCAGCCUCUUGUUAUUAUACAGUUUUUAUCUACAUCUAAGCAAGCAGCAAUAGAAUGGUUGGUUGCCAAACUACAGGCCACCAGAGCCUCAGGAGGAGCAGAAUUAGAGGUGUCUACUGUUGUCAUGCAUCAUAGUCAGGAAACACUUUUGUAUAUAGGUGGCACCAUUGAAAGGCUGUUGCUAGGAGCAGAUAUGAUGGAUAUGGAGAAGAAGUAUGGGGAUGGAAAUUACAGAGAAUUCUCAAUACAUGAUGCACAGAAUUUCUUAGGAUCUGAGGAUCUUGAUUCCUUUCUUACAAUGGCAGAGAAGCAGAAGAUAAUAUUACAUGAAAUUGAGGCUGUCAGAGCAUCAGAGGAGGACCCUCAUAUACCUGGGUAUGAAAAUAUCAAGUUGUAUCCAGGGAAAAGUAUAAUUAAAAAGUACCAAAGUAGAAAUAUAGUGACAACAAUUUUUCCUAUUCAUGAUGAUGAAUAUUUGAAGAAGUUAGGAGCUGAAUGGUAUCAGAUGAAGCAUGCUUUUAAGCAACAACCAAUAGAUGGAAUUCAUCAUUACUUUGGAGAUAAGAUAGCUCUAUAUUUUGCAUUCUUGGGAUUUUAUACAAUAGCUUUGCUUCCUCCUGCUAUGAUUGGCAUUAUUUAUUUUGUAACAUCAUGGGAGAGCAUGUACAGAGAAGCCAUCUUUUCCGUGUUCAAUUUGAUAUGGGCAACAUUGUUUCUGGAGGCAUGGAAACGAUACAAUGCAGAAUUGUCUUUUAGAUGGGGAACUACUGAUAUUGUCUCAUCAAAAUUUGAAGAGCCACGGGCAAACUUUUAUGGAACAAUUGGUAGAAAUGUUGUCACAGGCAAACCAGAGCCAGUUUAUCCCAAAUGGAAACGUGUUGCCAGAUUCUAUGGUGUGACCGUACCAGUAGUUGCCUUUUGGCUAGUCGUUGCAUUUUAUGUGAUGUUGGGAUAUUUCUAUUUGCAAGCAUUAGCAGAUAAGAAAUAUGAAAAAGACAAAUCUUGGUUUAACAUGGGUGUCUUAUAUCUCCCAACAGCAAUCUACGCAGUUAUCAUUGGAGUUGUUAACACUAUUUAUAGAAGUGUUGCUAAGAAACUGAAUGAUUGGGAAAACCACAGAUUACAGUCGUCUUAUGAUAACCAUUUCAUCAUCAAACUUAUUCUGUUUGACUUUGUAAACUGUUUUAUAAGUUUGUUCUAUGUGGCAUUCUACCUACAAGAUAUGACUCUUCUCAGGAGUCAUUUAGCAGCACUUUUGAUAACACAGCAAGUGAUUGGUCAGAUCAAAGAAGCCAUGGUUCCAUUUAUUUUCAUGCGCCGUAGGAAGAGACAGGUAGAUGAACUAUUAAAGAAAACAUCUACAGUAGAGAAAGUUGAAUAUUACAACAAUGAAGUCGACGAUGGAUUACAGAAACAGGUCAAUCUAGAAACUACAAUGGAUGAAUAUGAGGGCACACUGGAUGACUACUUGGAGAUGUUCCUACAAUUUGGAUAUGUCUUCUUGUUCUCUUCUGCAUUCCCAUUGGCUGCUGUAUGGGCAUUGUUAAACAAUGUCACAGAAAUUAGAUCUGAUGCAUUUAAAAUGUGUAAAGUCUUUAGAAGACCAUUUGCUGAAACAGCCUCCAAUAUUGGUGCUUGGCAGCUAGCCUUUGAGUUAAUCAGUGUAAUGGCUGUAAUUACUAACUGUGCAUUGAUAGGGAUGAAUCCUGAAGUCAAGAAGCUACUGCCGACUGAUAUUACACCAGUAAAUACUGUGCUUAUAUUUGUACUGGUUGAGCAUAUUAUAUUAGCUGUCAAGUUUGCAGUAGCCUACUUUAUACCAGAUACACCUAAAUGGGUCCAAGUAGAACUAGCAAGAGUGGCAUUCAAAUCGAAACAAGCUCUUCACAAAGAGAGAUUGGAUGCCUCAACAGCCAAAAGACUGAAAGUUCAGCAAAUGAUGUCCAAAGAUAUGGCAAAACAAACUUCUUUCUGAAGUUUUUAUGGGGUUUUCUUAAAACAAAAUUAUCAUCAAAUGGAUUAUAUCGGUUUUUACCUAAAUUUCAGUAUUCUAAAUAGUGCUCUAUAUCAUUCACAACAUUUGUUAUUUGAAAAUAUUCCCAAAAAUGGUGAUGUUUAUCCAUUAAAUUAAUGCUUUUUCAUACCUUACUAUGGUUCUGAAAACAUUUAAAAUGAAAGUGUACUAAAAUUGAGCAUACUUGUUUUAUAAGCUAGAAACAAAACAUGAAUAUUUUAAGCCUUUCAAAGAAUGUGUAAGAGGUAUUGACAUCUUCAGUCAUGUUUAAGCUUUGUUGUGGAAUUGUUUUAAAUGAAGCUGCAAAAAUUUUAUUAUAAAUGGUCACAUCUUAUUCUUGAAUUAUGCUCGAUAUUUUAUGGAAAAUUUCAACUUUAGAUGUAAAGUAUAGACAUUUCUACAUUUUAUUCCUGGGUAAAAUCAAGUAAUAGAAACUAUUUCAACAGUUGUCAAUAAAUUUUCUCAAAGUAGAAUGGCAGAAUUUUUAAAUCAAAAUAUUACUGACAUCUGAAAAGCACUUUGAUUCUAUGUAGACAAUAUCUAUUUAAACUUAAAUUAAGGGAUUACCGGUAUUAUACUAAGAUGUUAUGAAUUUUAGGAAAGUUCUUUUUAAUGUGAAUUUUCUGUGAAAGGGAAUCAAUUUUGGUUGAAUAUUAUAACAGCUUAUCUUAUGCAGAGGACAAUUAAGUGAAAUCAUUUAUUUUUCUUGGUAUCAAUUUUUUUGUUUGGAGAAAAAUGUUAUUUUCAGGGUACUUAAUUUCAUGGUAUCUUCAUUUGCUCCUAUGAAAUUUUAAAAAUUAGUUUAUUGUGGAGUAUAUAUUAUUUUGGUUUUCCAGUAACCACGAAAUCUACAAAAAUUGGUAUCCCAUGACUCGGCAUGAACAUUAAUAAAUCCACAGUAUUACAACUGCUAUUGACAAUAUACCUCAGCAUUUGCAAGUUAACUGUUUAUGAUCAUUGUUAACAUAUUAUCUCAGUGUUCACCACUCAUUGUUAGCAGUUUGGACCAAAGAUUCUUCUUGAAGUGUUAACCAUGGUCAAGCAUGUAUUUACUUUUUUCUUUUGUUUUCUGGGAAAUUUAUACAUUUGAACAAACUUUGCUGUCUGUAUGAUUUGUGUUUAUGAAAUAUGUUGCACUGAAUUGUGCUUUCGAAAAAAUUUCAGGGUAAAAAGCAAACAGAUCAGAGAUAUUUUAUGAUCAUAAUUUUUCAUUUAUUUUGAAAGACAUUUUCAUCAUUUUUUAGAAUGGCAUUCUUUUACAUAGUUCAUUUUUCUACAUUUUUAUUUAAAAACAGAAUAAUUCACUCAUCUUACAAUAUGCAUUAUAACAGAUAUUCAUUUAGAGCUGAAAUUAUGAUAAUAGUCUUCCAUAGAUCAGUUUAAUAAAUGUAAUCAUUGAAACAAAUCUGCAGGUGACCAAAUGGACAAGGGUACUACGUUUUUGAAUAGAAUCUUAUGAGAAAUAACUAAAAAAAAACUUCUGGAAAAAUUUUCCAUGCAAAUGACUUUUAUAUAUCUUAUUUGAUUGCAAGUAGCACCUUUAAACUUUCUGUAAUGAUAAGUAUGCCUGCGACGAAAGUCCCAGAAAGCGAGACAUAGGGAUUGCUGAGAUGGCGUCAACAAUUGUUAAGUUUUCUGCUUAAGUUAGUUUGAUAGGAUCUACUUGUGAUAGAUCAUUGAUAUUGUAUAUAAAGUUGCAUUACUAUCAGUACAUAUCAGUUUGACGACUUUCUUGAGGCCCUGCCCCCUAGGACAUGGUCCAGUUAAUUUGAAUUAAUUAACAGUUUUCAAUGUUAAGUUUUUCUGCUGAGGGUUAGUUUAAUAGGAUCUACUUGUGAUAGAUCAAUUAUAUUUUGUAUAAAUUUGCAAUACUAUCAAUACAUAUACCGUAAGUUUGAUGACUAUUUAGAGGCCCUGCCCCCUAGGACAUGGUCCAAUGACUUUAAAUUAAUUACCAAAUUUCAAUGCUAAGUUUUCUGCUUAAGUUAGUUUAAAAGGAUCUACUUGUGGUAGAUCACUGAUAUGUUGUAUGAAGUUGCAUUACUAUCAGUACAUAUAAGUUUGAUGACUAUUUUCAGGCCCUGCCCCCUAGGACAUGGUUCAGUGACUUUGAAUUAAUUAGUCAUUUUCAAUGUUAAGUUUUCUGCUUAAGUAAGAUUGAUAGGAACUACUUACAAGAGACAACUAUAAAGUUUCAUUACUGUCUGUACAUCUCAGUUUUUCCAACAUUUGUUGACCCGGUCUUUUUCUGAAUUUUAUGCGGACAAGCGAGACAUAUCUCUGUGUCAACAGUUUAUCUUCACAUUGAUAUCGUAAAAUAUUACCCAUGAGCAACAAUAUGAACCUUUUUGGUGAGUGAGUGUAGAAAACCUGAUUAUUGUCCAUAACAGGUCUUUUCCCCCUCUUUUAGAUAGUUUUACACUGGGUGAAAGUAAGCUCUAGGGGCCAGCUGAAGCCUGCUUCCAUCUGCGGGAUUUUCUCGCUGUGUUGAAGACCCAUUGGUGGCCUUUCUGCUGUUUUCUGCUCUUUGGUCGGGUUGUUGUCUCUUUGACACAUUCCCCAUUUCCAUUCUCAAUUUUAUUGAUUAUGUCUUCUCACACAUUGUGAUGUCGCUGAUAACUUCUCCUCAGACAUCACUCUUUCAGGCAGUGAUUUUGUCGUUUUUUGUGUUGAAUACAUACAUGAAACAGUAACAUCAUAUAUAAUUAAUGUAGUAAUCUUGAUAUCUUGCCAUUUUUAUCUAAUUUUGUUUUAUGUAAGAGUUCAAUAUCUUAACAUUUUUGUGUAGUUUUUUUCCCCCCAAUACAUUUUAUGUCUUAUCCUGGUAAAUAAGUUUGAGGCAAUAUUUUAUAUAGAUUGAUAAAAAAAAUCAUUUUAAAGGAAUCAGGAUCUCUGUUCUAAGGUUUGUUUUGAAUGUGCAGAUUAUCCUUAUUUCAGAACCUCUUUGGUUUGUAUUAGGGAAUUGCAUUUACUUUCUUUUGGCAUUCAAAACAUUUGAGGAAGUCAAAGGAGUCAUCCUAAUUUUUAAACUUCUGUAGAAGAGAUGAUUUCAUUGGUAUUGAUGUAUUUUGCUAGAUCUGUACAUAUAACAGCAUAUUAGUUUUCAAAUAUCAUAAGAAUAAAUAAACUGUUAAGUCCAUGUUGUAAUACUCGUUGAAGAUUAUUUUAUGCAUAUUUGGAUAAACUGUUUUUUACAUUAACUGCUUUCCUUUAAAUUAUGUAAAAACUAAGUAUACAUUUGUUCUUUUUUUAAUUCUAACUUGCCAUGGCAUUAUCAUUUCUACUUUAUAGAUUGAGAGCUGAAAUGUGCAAUACAAACUUUGAAUAAUAUUCAUCAUAAUAUUUAUGUUAGAUUUUUAGUUAUUUGCAUAUCUGAUAGUAUCCUUAAAUACUUUGCAUUACAUGUGAAUUAUUUUUAUAAGUAGCCAAUGCUUUGUACCUGUAUACUUCUACUUUCAUACUGAAAUUUCAAUUGACAAAAAGGAGUUUAAAUUAGUAAUAUUCACAGUUUCUGAUAAAGAUUUUCCAUGUUCUUUAUUGGUUUUGUUUUGGUUUCGUUAGUCAUCAACUUUUAUUUCUUUUCCGUUUGUAGUAUUGUUUCAAGUGUCAACCUAUAUUUGUUCCAUCUUACAGAAUUUCACCUGGAAACUUUGUUAUAAACAAUGCCAUUACAUCUGUUCCUGCUGGAACAAAUAUUCUAUACCCUUUAUUCCGUUAGGACUGUACUUUUUGUUCCAGUGGAACUGAUAAAACAGUAUAUUUCCUCCACUUGGAACUUCUAUUUCAUGACAGUAGAACCACUGAAAAGAAACAAAUUUUCAAAAUGUACACAUAAUGCAUCAACUUGGAAUUUGGUGUCAUGUAAUUUUGUUUUACAUUCUUUGCAGAGACUUGUUAAACCUUUUAUGACAGGUUUAUAAGUUUGAUCAUGCUCAUAUUAUUGAAAUCAGAGAAUGAAAUCAAAAAUAGAUUUGUUGAUGAAAGCAUUAUAAUUUUCUGUUUGUUUUUCAAGUCUCUGCUACUGGCAAAUGAUACAUCAAGGUAAGCUAAUUAUUUCUUAAUGAAUGUAUAUCAGCAAUAUGUGUUACCAAGAUGCCAUAGCAAAUCAAUACAAAUGCAUUUUGACCUUAUCCUCUUCUGAAACAUUUUGAUUUAAAAAAAGAUGCUAUGUUGUAUUUUAAUUGAUAAAAAUGUGUUAAAUGCAUACAUAAGUAAGUUGCCCUGUCAGAUGGUUGAAAUGUCCAAAUGAUUCAUGAUAUUAUUAUUAUUUUUGAGGUCACAUACCUUUCAAACGCCACCGAUGAGUCCAAUGUAGAUAAAACAUGCAAGUGUACUAAAUUAUAUUAAAGCCAUCUUUGAUGGUUUUUUUUUAACUUUCUAUAUUUAUUUUCGUUCAUUAUGUUGUUAUGAGUUAAAUUCAUGUUAUAAGCUUAAAAUACUCAGGAAACAUGAGGAAACUUUAGGGACUGUCUCAAAAUAGGGAACAAAGUUUACUUGGUUAAUUUUGAUGGUGUGUGGUUUCAGUUGUCACAUGUGAGAAAAAGCAGCUAAAAUUGUCAAAAGUAAAUUAAUAUGAAAGAACAAAAAACAUGUCUUUAAGUGCACCUCUCUUAACUGUUGUCAUUUUAUUGGUGCUACAUUAACAUGGAUUUGAAGGGAACUAAUUGCAAACCUACUGGUUCCUAGCUGGAUAUACCCACUGUUAAAUUGACAGACACAUUGAAAAAUAUUGACCACUAGUAUCAAAUUUGUUAAUAGAUUUUGUUUUGUUAAUAGAUUUUAAGUUCCAUGUAUACCACAAAAUUUCUGACAAAUAUAUUUGGCAAAGGAGAACAUUCAAAAGGCCACUUGUUUGGCCCUUCAAUUAAAAAAUCAAAAAGUAUUACAGAUCUACCUAAUCACAUCCUUCAUAUUUUCAUAAGACAGUCUGUUGGACAUCAGUAUUUAUACUUUUGAAUGUUGUCUAACAGAUUGGCUUUAGGGCUUCAAACUUCAUAGUUGAUUGUGGUUGCUAGUUCUGUAAUCGGGUACUCUAUCAGGGUAAACUUGUAUUCCCAAUGAAUAAAGAUAGGUGCUACAACAAUGUAUGCAAAGUUCUUAUUUCCUUUAAGACAGGUGGGUGAGUGGUCAAAACCAAACUAAAUCAACUUCAUACAAAGAAAAUGGGGAUAUUUUGAAAUGGUCUCCAUGAAGAAAGAUGGAAAAUUCAAUUCCACUAUAAUACCCUGGUUUUUAUACGACCGCAAAAAUUAAAAAUUUUUUGGUCGUAUAUUGGUAUGACGUUGGCGUCGUCGUCGUUCUGGUAAUACAUGCAAGUAUUUUAAAUUGUAGUCCAAUUCAAUAACUUAGGAAUACAUGUACAUUUGUUCAUAUUAUCCUCUUUUCUGUUGUGUAGCAUGAAAUGAUGUCACUUGAUAUAUUACUGAAGAGAACACUAUUCAAAAUUUAAGAAACAUAUAAAUAUUUUCCCCUCAAGUGCUACAAAGAUGAAUUUUUUCUUGAAAUUUUCACUGUAUUGUAAUUCUUAAUAAAGUUUUACUUCUAUUGAAUUAUAUAGGAUUGUUAAUUAAUAUUAUUAUUCUUAACUGUUAUUUACAUAUUUUAUAUAGUCAUUAGAUUUCUUUGUAGUUUAUAUAUGUUAUAUGAAUAAAUUAAGGUGAAAUGAAAA